CCUAUACUUUCGUCUGCAAGAUGGCCACAGCGCAGACUCGGGCCUCGCGGUGUGGCGUUUGAAACCUUUCCCCCUCCCCCCUGAGAGCUUCCCUGCCUCGUCCAGCCUCACACUUCACGGGGCGAGGAGGACCGUACGACGCGUUUCCUCCGGGCGACGAUGAGCGUGUAGAUCGGCGUGACGCGAGAGUGAAGGCGCUGAGAAGAGUCGUCGUUACAGCGGUGGGGUCGAGUAAGAAUUUAGGUGCCAAGAUGUCAGCCGAAGCCGAAGUAAGCAGCGUCCGUCCCAACCCCUACAUCUUCGACAUAGAAAAUAGAAGGAAACGUCGACCGAGGCUUGCUCAUGAGAUCGGGGCUGGAGCCAAGUGCAAGAAAUGUGGAGAUAAAUGUCCCGGAUUUGAACUACAUUUUUGGAGAAAGUUGUGCAUGAAUUGCCGCUGUGGUAUAUAUGAUCACGAAGUGGAAGAGGAUGACGAAGACAUCGGACGAAUUGUCAUUGGCAAGUUGUUUGACCGACCGCCUCGGACCAAGAAAGAGGAGCUGGAAUACUGCCAUGGAAACAAUUUGGAAAUGAUCAAUGAAGAGACGGGAAAAGCAGAGAAUGUCAAAUUUGAUUGGGUGCCACCAAACGUGGAGAAGUCUUUGGCUUCCAGAUACAUGUCUUUGAUUCCUGUGGAGAAAAGGCCUAUUGCUGGCACUGAGGCAGCUAAAGAACGCAAACGUCAGCUUGAGCAGCAGCUGCCCCUGUAUGACAUGGAUGCUGCACAGCGUUGUGAUAACUUGCCUCCUGAGGAGUUGCAGAGCUUCCACGCUUACCUCGAGCGCAUCAAGACCCAAGUGGCUGGACAAGGCAUGGUACAAGAAAUUGUUGGAGCUCCCGUUUCAAUGGCACAGCCUCUGCACUCCCAGAGGAUGCCUGGCUCUAGUGCUCCAUUGAUGACAGGUGAUAUUGAUGCUAAUGGAAAUAUUGGAUAUCAGCCUGAUUCUCCAGUGGGUCAGAUGAUGCCUCCUGGUUCCUACAUGCCACAAGGUAACAUCCCAGGGCCACAUGGGCAAUACAGCAGCCCAACUGGCAACCAGCUUGAUGACCAGGGGAACGUCAAAGGGCAGGAUCCACGCCAUCAGUUCCUGGGUGGAAUGAUUGAGGAACCUUACCUAAAUGUGACCAGCAGGCCAGAGGAUCCAGUACACAGCGAGGCUUAUGGUGGGAAGCUUGGCACCAGCAGGCCCCUCACAAGCCUGGCAAGGAACCUGCCUCUAGAUAAUGUUACAGCUGGGAUGGCUAAUCUACAAGUGCAACCACAGGGACAGGGAACUGAACAGGGCUACAUCCCAGGACAGGAGCAUAUUCCUGGUCAACUUGGUGGCUAUGUACCAGGACAGCCAGGAUAUAAACCAGGUCAACCAGGCUCUCUACCAGGUCAACCAGGAUAUAAACCGGGUCAACCUGGCUCUCUACCAGGUCAACCAGGUUAUACAUCAGGACCGGCUGGUUCUCAGCCAGGUCAGCCAGGGUAUAUAGAAAGUCAGCCAGGCCAACCAGGAUAUGCUCAAGGUCAGCCAGGCCAACCAGGAUAUGCUCAAGGUCAGCCAGGCCAACCAGGAUAUGCUUAUGGCCAGCCAGGUCAACCUAGAUAUACUCACGGACAACCAGGUCAACCAGGGUAUGCUCACGGACAACCAGGUCAACCAGGAUACACGGCAGGCCAGCCGGACCAACCUGGAUGCAUUCCGGGGCAUCCGGGUCUGCCAGGGUAUUCACCAGAGAAGGGAAUGCAGCAGCAGAUGCCUCUGACGCCAGGGAGCAUCACCGCAGUGGAAGCAACGCAGGCUCCCUAUGGCGCACGUGUGGACACCCUGACAGGUGGGUCCUCCAUUGCUCCAGGGCAAGACGUGAACGUUCUCUUCCCAGGGGAGAGUCAGAUCAUCGGUUCCCAGCCAGGCAGCGCCACCCCCUCGGGACAGAAGAGCAAGUUCUCCUGCCAGUAUUGCAGCCUCCCCAUGAAUGUUGGAGAUGUGGCCAUCUUCUGCGAGCGGGCUGGGCAAGAUAAGUGCUGGCAUCCUGCUUGCUUCUGCUGCUUUACAUGUAAGGAGUUACUGGCUGACUUGAUCUACUUCUACAAGGAUGGGAAAGUGUUCUGCGGACGUCACUUCACCGACGCUGCAGAAAUGCCGAGAUGUAGAGCUUGUGAUGAGCUGAUAUUUGGCAACUCGUGGACGAGGGCUGACGGAUAUGACUGGCAUAUCCACCACUUCAGCUGCUAUAUGUGUGAUUUGGAAUUGGCUGGACAGCGCUACGUUCCGGACAAAGAAGGAUAUCCGUAUUGUCUUCCCUGCUACAUGGCUUGCUUGGCCAAGAUGUGUGAGGCCUGUGAAGAGAAGAUAUCCCCAGAGAUGAAUCGCUGCGGACAUCGAGGGUAUUUUUACCAUGCCACUCCCCAGUGUUUCAAAUGCUACUCCUGCAAGCAGCCGCUGAUGGGUAAACGUUUCAAAAUGUCCAAGAAUUGGGUUUUCUGCUCCAACGAAUGUAUUGAAGUGGCUGCGGAAGCCUUGGCUGUUAACCCAAACCCCAAAAUAAAGCCAGAGUAAUAGAGCGGGGGGAUGUAUGGUCAUGUUUUACUUAAAUACAGUGAAAAAGGUAUGGCUUUAUAAUGAGAAAUGGUCGAUAACACACUAUAUUCUAGGUAAGGGAUUUUAUUUUUUACCCUUUUUUCUCGCUUUGUGAUGAUAAAUGAUGUGAUACUUACUACUUACAUUGACAGAUGAUGUGUAAAGAUGGUCCAGUAAUUACUAUUCCAUAUUUAAGUUUUAAUGAAAACAUUGAUUGUGAUAAGGUUGAUAUCCAUUACCUCUACAAACCACAGGUUGUUUUGAUUGCAAUAUUUUGUAUAUUUUAUAUAAUAGAACCAAGUCUGUAGUAUGCAACGCUAAGGUCACAUGCAUCUAAAAGUGCAAUAGUAUACUUAGGAACUCAGUGAAUCAUUGUUUAUUUUUGGGAAAGAACAGCAAAAAAUUAAAUUAUAAAUGAAUAUGCUGUAUCAUUUUUUUUCUUUUUUGUAUUGGUAUUCAGUUGUAUUGCUUUAUUAUUGUUGUUAUCUUUGUAUCAAUAUUAUUAUUAACUUUGUAUCAGUAUUUUUAUUAGUCAAUGUUAUUAUUAUUAUUAUUAUUAUUAUUAUUAUUAUUAUUAUUAUUAUUAUUAUUAUUGUUACUAUUAUUAUUGUUAUUAUUAUUAUUUUUUUUUCUUAUUUUUUUAUUUUUUUCACCCUCUCAUUGUCAUCAUCAUCAUCAUCAACAUCAAUGUCAUCAUCAUUGUCAUCAUCCUCUACACCAAUGUUAUCAUUAUUAAUGUCAUAACUGCAUUUUUAUUAUUAUUAUUAUUUUUAUUUUUAUCAUCAUCAACGUCAUCGUCAUCAUCCUCUACACCAUUGUUAUCAUCACUGAUGUCAUAACUGUGUUUUAUUAUUAUUAUUAUUAUUAUUAUUACUGCUACUAUUGUUAUUGUUUUAUUUCUUAUUCAUUAUUCAUUAACACACUAUACAGAAGUAUGGAAACAGACGUAAAACUUGAAAAUGGUGAGGAAGAGGAGGAGGAGGGUUGCUAUAAAUUUUGCUAUUGGUAGUAGCAUUGCUAUUUCUAGUGUUUGGCACUAUUAUCAUAAAUAUGGUUUUCUGUAAUGAUUAUUAUUAUUAUAAUUGUUAUAGUUAUUAUUGUUGUUGUUAUUAUUAUUAUUAUUAUUAUUUAUUAUUAUUAUUAUUAUUAUUAUUAUUAUUAUUAUUAUUGUCAAUAAACAAUAUCAUUAUAAUUGUCGUCAUAUUCGUAUUCGUCUUUGUCAUCAUCAUCAUCAUCAUCAUCAUCAUCAUCAUCAUCAUCAUCAUCAUCAUCAUCAUCAUCAUCAUCAUCAUCAUCACCAUCAUCAUCAUCAUCAUCAUCAUCAUCAUCAUCAUCAUCAUCAUCAUCAUCAUCAUCAUCAUCAUCAUCAUCAUCAUCAUCAUCAUCAUCAUCAUCAUCAUCAUCAUCAUCAUCAUCAUCGCUAUUACUUUUACUAUUACCAUUACUGUUAUUAUUAUUAUUUUCAUUAUUAUUUCUGUCACUAUCUCUUGUGCCAUCCUGAGAAUUGCCCAUUGACGCCCGGUACAUGCACUGACCACUCGUAAUUUUUUUUACCCAGAUGCUUUUACAAGUACUUAGGUAUUAGCGAGGUCUCUGGACUCGCAGUCUCACUCGUUUCCUUGCAUUCAUGGAAUUUUUGGGAAAAGGGUUCUUUUAUUUACUUUUUUUUAUAUCCUUUAAAUGUUAUUGUUGUUUUUGUAUUCGCUAUAAUGUAUUGACGGUAAUAAAAGUGAGAAAAAACAAGAUUCUUCUUAGAUAUUCUGGAAGUUUGAUAUUUUGGAUGUUUUUAGAUAUUUCGAGAAAUAGGGUAAAUGGGUGAGGUCAAGUCAGGUCAGUAAUUGAUUUCGUGGUGAAUAAACACCUCAAAAAACGUAUAUGCAUAAACAGUAUAACCGAAACAAAGUGGCAGAGUACAGUGCAUGUAAAUAUACGCAGUCCUGGUAUCAAGUUACGAGAUGUAAUUUCAGUGCACGUUCUUGCAUAGUAGACUUUUUCUGACAGCGCUUAUUAUGAUUUUUUUAUUGCGAUACUUUUGAUUGCUCCAUUUUCUGUGCCAUUGCAUCAUUCUGUUAUGUUCAGUAGGUUUGAUUGAUUUUAUUGACUUGCAAAGAAUAUUGUGUAUACCUUUAUUCUGUGAUUUUUUUCCCUUGUGAGUGCUAUGAUGCUUUAUCCUUAGGCAGCUAUUGAUUAUUCAGUCACAGAAUUAGGUUGAAAUGGACAAGUGAUGUUGCAGAUAUCACUGCAUCAUUACCUUUCUUUGUGCUUGUCAGAAAAAUGUGCCAUUAUUAAUGGAUUUUUGAGAACUUCUGUAGUUUGCAGAGUUUGCAUGAAGGAUGAUUUAGACGUGAAUAUUUUUAUGAAUUUAGAUUAAUGAAAUUUGGCAAAACUGUGAUUUUAUUCCAGUCACUUAGAAUAAAGUUAAAUGAGUCUGACAUUACAGGUUUGUUAAAUGUUGUGAGAUAUAAACAUAUUAUAUAUUAUAUUCGGAGAUUAGAAUUUAAGUGUUUGUCACUUUGAUAAUGUGAAUAUUUAGACCCACUGCUGAAAUUAGGAGUACUUGUUCAUCUACACCUUUUUUAUGAUAAUAUUUCUUUUUUUCCAGUGGAACUAGUUCUCUUUAGCUUUUCUCAAAUUCCAAUCAGGUUGUUUUUGGUGAACUUUUGAUAUGUAGCGAAGACUUUUCGUUUAUAUCUUUUGUAGUAUUUUUUAAAGCUUGGUAUUGAUGGUUUUCGUUCAGUUUUUGAAAAGAAGGAAAAAUAUACGUAUACUUUUGAGUUGUAGUUUCUUCAUAUAAAAUAAGCUGCUUUUUGGGGGGAACUGGAGAACCAAACUAUGUUGUAUUUUAUAUAUUACUGUUUGUUUGUAACAGUUGAAAUAAUAUUCUGUGAAAUAUAUUAGACAAGGAAACAGUGUUUGCAAUUUGAAAAUGCUGUUUGGGUGAUUAUAAUUGCAUAUCAGUGCUAGUAGUAGCAUUGACGUUACUUGUGUUCCUAGUUACUUUUCUGUACUUGUAUGAAGUGUCCUUAAAUGGGAAGAAGAGUAUCCAUGUGUAUGUUUAAAUUUAAUACAGGUUAAUGAAAUAAAAGAGUUAUAAUUCUUCA